AUGCAUCUCCUCAAUGGGAAAACAGCAGCGGUUGCGUUAGCCCUUCUCAAUUCGUGCAAUGCCCUCAAGGUCACCAUUCUUGCAGACACCAAUCGCGAUGGCAAGGUCGACAACAACGACAUUACUGGUAAAUCCACGUGGACAAACGACAAAGGCGCGUUGAUUCUUCCCAACAUUGGCGAUACCGGAAGCCGUUGUGCUAAGCAAUGGGGACCAAGUGUCGACAUCCAAGGAGACGAGUCUUAUUUGGACAAGUGCAACGAUGCCUCAGACAACGUGCAGCGAAAUCCUAAAUAUCUCGCUUCUCUCAAGACUCUCCCAUUGACCGCCCUGAGUGCAACCGCCAAGGGUUCAAUCGCCAUUGCCGACAAGACAGGCGCCUCCAAAGUCCGAAUCUUUGUCAAGCAGAGCGGCAAGUGGAAUUACGUGGCUGCAGACCAUGUCUUCACUGCCAAGGAGCUCAAAUCCGGACUCGAGCUAGGCGUUGAUGCCCGUGAUGUUCGUCGUCCUCAAGGCUGGAAUGGCUAUGCCAAGAUCCAGUUCACUGUCACCGAUGGCAAGACCAAAGCGACUGACGCUGUUGCUGUACGAGUUGCGCCAGUACUGACACAUCAUCAUGGACAACACGCUCAGCGCAUCUUUACGACUGGUGUUAAUGAAGCAGGUUUCAACAAAGUCCAGGAGAAAUACGUAGCUGACAUUCUACGCAAUGUGGCUGACGCUGGCAUCAAAGAGCCUAUCUUUCAGUUCCACAACCAGGAUAUCUGGACACAGGACUUUUUUGAGCCUGGUUAUGCCAGCAUUCCUGGCCCCAAUGGCCCCGUCAGCAUUCGUAUCAUGAUUCGAUCAGCUCAAAGCAGCCGUAGAUCUGGUCGUGACGCUUUCCACGAUCUUCGCAAUGAUCAAGUCGGCGCCGUUCAGCACCCUGGCAAUGGAGACUCAAUCGAUUCCACCGGUAACCUCGAAACCAUCCCCCCUUACAGCCACAAUGGAAAGAGCUUUCCCGUGGGCAGAACCAUCAUGGGUGCAUGGGAGGGUAGAGCUCCUCUCAUGGUAGAGUUUCUUAAAGCUCAACAGGUCCAGGAACCAUUGAUUCUCGACACAAGCUGGCUUUAUGUGGGCCACGUGGAUGAGUUCAUCCAGUUCCUACCCAGCGAUAACAAGCUCGGCUGGGUCAUCAUGGUUGCUGAUCCGAUGAAGGGCGUCGAUCUCUUGAAGAAGGCAGUCAAGGCUGGUCAUGGCAAAGUCAAAGCUGUGUCACGACCCUUGUCAGCAGAUGAGAAGAAAGAACAAUUGUGUGUUCCCCAACAAACCAUUGCUGAGGCGCUCAAGUUUAAGAAUUUUGAUGCUAUCAACAAGCAUUCGGCUGAGCGCAUCCAAGCAAAUCUUGAUAUCAUCAAGAAGGAGACUGGUAUCACAGACGAAGACAUCCAUCGUGUUCCUGCACUUUUCUACUACACCGAUUCGAACAGUUGGGUAUGCUCCGGUGAGACUGCAGAAGAUGCUUCAGCUCAACCUCAAAAGGCCGCGAGCAACUCGGGUAUCACAAUGAAGACUUCCCAGGGCGGUCCCGGAUUCAAGGCAAAGUCCAUCGUCGAAGCAGCCACCCCGGGAAAAUCUAUUCAGCGCCGGGUGAUCGACCCCGCCACUCAGGUUACCGCUCUCUACCCUGGUAGCGUCAAUGGUCUGGUCAUGACAGAUACCAAGAUUCUUGCGCCUAGCCCUUGGGGUCCCGUGAUCAACAAUCAGGACAUUUUUGCUUCUGCUGUAUCCCAAGUAUACACGAACGCCGGAUACAAUGUUACAUAUCAGGAUGAUUGGUUCUCUCAUUUCAAGUUGCAAGGAGAUGUUCACUGCGGUAGCAAUUCAUGGAGGGAAAUCCCAAAGAAGUGGUGGGAUUCGCUUCGAGUAAAUAAUUAUUAG